AUGGAUGCUGCGAAUCUGAGCCGCAAUUUCAUGGGCCAAGGCCAGCCGCCCAAGAACAGAAUGGUUCUUGGGACCAUAGGUUUAGUCGCCUUGACCGCCGCGGCGUACUAUUGGGGCUACAGGGACGUCGAUAAGAGGCACCCUGAGAUGUCUCCAGAAAAACACCGUGAGUCGCCAGUCUAG